CGCAUUGGCAACAAAGAACUGGGGGCUGGGGAGCGAUCGCCGGGACCCAGGGCAGGCGUGUCUAUUUCGAGCCAAGCGGCAGGGCUCCGGCGCGAGUCCAGACCCUGCUUGUUCCCCUCGCCUCGGAAACCGACUUCCAGGGGCGGCUUUUGGGAAACGCCAGACACCGGGACAGUCACCCAAACGACUAUGUCUCCUGAUUUCUCGCCUUGCCCUUUUUAAAAGCGGCCUUCCCCUGCCCCAAAGACACUUCCCACUCUUCACUUUGAGGUGCUUUAGCUGUGAACCUCCCACCGCCUUUUUUUUUCUUUCGCUUUUUCCCCCCGUCCAAACUAUGCGCUGCUGUUAAAAAACAAAACUAAACUAAACUAAACAGCUGCGGACUUGUUCCCGGCUGGAGCCCAGCGCCCCGCCUGGAGUGGAUGAGCCUCUCCAUGAGAGAUCCGGUCAUUCCUGGGACAAGCAUGGCCUACCAUCCGUUCCUACCUCACCGGGCGCCGGACUUCGCCAUGAGCGCGGUGCUGGGUCAUCAGCCGCCUUUCUUCCCCGCUCUGACGCUGCCUCCCAACGGCGCGGCGGCGCUCUCGCUGCCCGGCGCGCUGGCCAAGCCGAUCAUGGAUCAAUUGGUGGGGGCGGCCGAGACCGGCAUCCCAUUCUCGUCCCUGGGACCUCAGACCCAUCUGAGGCCCCUGAAGACCAUGGAACCCGAAGAAGAAGUAGAAGAUGACCCCAAGGUACACCUGGAGGCCAAAGAACUUUGGGAUCAAUUCCACAAGCGGGGCACGGAGAUGGUCAUUACCAAGUCGGGAAGGCGAAUGUUUCCUCCAUUUAAAGUAAGGUGUUCUGGGCUGGAUAAAAAAGCCAAAUAUAUUUUGUUGAUGGACAUUAUCGCUGCGGAUGACUGUCGCUAUAAAUUUCACAAUUCCCGGUGGAUGGUGGCAGGAAAGGCUGAUCCUGAAAUGCCGAAGAGAAUGUACAUUCACCCGGACAGUCCUGCUACUGGGGAACAGUGGAUGUCCAAAGUUGUCACUUUCCACAAACUGAAACUCACCAACAACAUUUCGGACAAGCACGGAUUUACUUUGGCCUUCCCAAGUGAUCAAGCAACGUGGCAGGGGAAUUAUAGUUUUGGUACUCAGACUAUACUGAACUCCAUGCAUAAAUACCAGCCCCGGUUCCACAUCGUGAGGGCCAAUGACAUCUUAAAACUUCCUUAUAGUACUUUUCGGACGUACUUGUUCCCCGAAACUGAAUUCAUCGCUGUGACUGCAUACCAGAAUGAUAAGAUAACUCAGUUAAAAAUAGACAACAACCCUUUUGCAAAAGGUUUCCGGGACACUGGAAAUGGCAGGAGAGAAAAAAGAAAGCAACUCACCCUGCAGUCCAUGAGGGUGUUUGAUGACAGACACAAAAAGGAGAAUGGCACCUCGGACGAGUCCUCCAGCGAACAGGCCGCCUUCAACUGCUUCGCCCAGUCCUCCUCCCCGGCCGUGUCCACCGUAGGAACAUCCAACCUCAAAGAUCUGUGUCCCAGCGAGGGGGAGAGUGACGCGGAGGCUGACAGCAAAGAGGAGCACGGCCCCGAGGCCUGUGACGCGGCCAAGAUAUCCACCACCACGUCGGAAGAUCCGUGCAGGGACAAGGGCAGCCCGGCCGUCAAGCCGCACCUCUUCUCGGCUGAGCCCGGCGGCCGACCCCGGGACAGCGGGCGGCUUGACAAGGCGUCGCCCGACUCGCGCCACAGCCCGGCCACCAUCUCGUCCAGCACCCGCGGCCUGGGCGCCGAGGAGCGCCGGAGCCCGAGCCGCGACAGCGCGGCCACGUCCAAGGCCGCCGAGGAGGCGCGCGUGCUGCCGGGCAAGGAGGCCUUCGCGCCGCUCACCGUGCAGACGGACCCAGCCGCCGCGCACCUGGGCCAGGGUCCCCUGCCUGGCCUCGGCUUCGCCCCUGGCCUGGCCGGCCAGCAGUUCUUCAACGGGCACCCGCUCUUCCUGCACCCCGGCCAGUUCGCCAUGGGGGGCGCCUUCUCCAGCAUGGCGGCCGGCAUGGGGCCCCUGCUGGCCACAGUGUCCGGGGCCUCCACCGGCGUCUCGGGCCUGGAUUCCACGGCCAUGGCCUCGGCUGCCGCGGCGCAGGGACUGUCGGGGGCGUCGGCCACCCUGCCCUUCCAUCUCCAGCAGCACGUUCUGGCCUCUCAGGGCCUGGCCAUGUCGCCUUUCGGAAGCCUGUUUCCUUAUCCCUACACGUACAUGGCCGCAGCGGCAGCCGCCUCCUCGGCGGCAGCCUCCAGCUCCGUGCACCGCCACCCUUUCCUGAACCUGAACACCAUGCGCCCGCGGCUGCGCUACAGCCCCUACUCCAUCCCCCUGCCGGUGCCGGACAGCAGUGGCCUGCUCACCACCGCCCUGCCGUCCAUGGCCGCCGCCGCUGCCGCAGCGGGCCCCCUCGACGGCAAGGCCGCCGCCCUGGCCGCCAGCCCGGCCUCGGUGGCCGUGGACUCGGGCUCGGAACUCAACAGCCGCUCCUCCACGCUCUCCUCCAGCUCCGUGUCCUUGUCGCCCAAACUCUGCCCGGAGAAGGAGGCGGCCACCAGCGAACUGCAGAACAUCCAGCGGUUGGUCAGCGGCCUGGAAGCCAAGCCCGACAGGUCCCGCAGCGCCUCCCCGUAAACCCCUCCCCAGAGAAGUCUCUUCAUUCCAGUCCAAUCCAGUCUGCAGUGCACUUUGUUGGAUGUCACAUAAACCGCGGGCGUGCAGUGAGGUCAGCCCUUUUUUGUGGAGCCCUGUCUGGGAAAGGGGUGCUGGACUCCCUGGAGAGAAUGUGCUAGAAACAGGCCCUGUCUUCUUGGCUGUGGUUUAUACAUCCGGGAUCUGGCUCAGAAACGUCCCAGUUGCAUUGAGCUGUUGGGGGUAGGAGUUAAAGCGUUGGCUGCCAGAGCAACUCCUUGGGGGCUGGUCUGGAAGCUGUGGGAAGAUCCGAGG